AUGCAAGAAAUUCUAAUUCAAACUCCGUCUAGCAGCCCACACCAUCGAAUCCGCCUCUCGCCUAAAACCACCUACCCAGAUGCCGAAAUACAGACAUGCGACACAUCCUCCCUCGCAGAAUGCCGCAAACUUCUCAGCAACGCAACCUCAGUCUACCAGGUGGGACCCUCUCUCUACUCCCGUGAAAUGGAAAUCGGGACCAACAUGAUCGACGCCGCCGUCGCCGAGAGCCAACAGCCAGAAACGAACUUGAAGCACUUCGUCUAUUCCAGCGUUCUUGGCACACAGCAUCGAAACCUCAUGCAACACGACCACAAAAGCCGCAUCGAAGAAAGACUGCUAUUAAGUCCUCUAAACUUCACAAUUCUCCAACCAACCAAUUUCAUGGAUAUAUACUCGGUCGCUGCACUCGCAAAACUCGAGGAACCCUCUAGCGAGCAUAUAUGGAACCUCUAUAAUCCAUAUGUUGCUAAUAGUUUAGUUGCGCUCAGAGAUCUAGCUGAAGCCGGGGCCCGGGUUUUGGACGAGAGGGAACCACACUAUUUCGCUCAGUAUCCGCUGUGCUCAACCUUCCCGUUAUCUGAUGCGGGUUUUAUUAAGAUUAUGGAAAAGCAUAUUGGUAAGGAAAUCAAUGUUCCUACUCCUACUUUUGAAAAGGGUGUUAGCAAGCUUCUCGGGCUUUUAUAUGCCGGAGAGAGCUGCAUGUAUAGUGGGGAUCAUGUGGAUUCGGAUCUUAGAUGGCCGGCCUCACAGGGUGAUCUACGUCCGGAUAUUACACGGGACGAGGCUGAGAGGCUGAUUUUGUUUGAUAAUCGACGUGGAUUGAAAGGGAAUCCUAGUGUACUCAGGUGGUUGAUUGGGAGGGAGCCUACGACUGUUGAUGAGUGGGUGAAGAUUCAAGUGGGAGGCUAG